CGCGCCCCCGGAGCCGGGCUGCCCGGAGCGCCCCUGCCCCGCUCCUCUCCCACCAUGAUGUCCAUGAACAGCAAGCAGGCGUUCAGCAUGCACCCCAUCCUGCACGAGCCCAAGUACCCCCACCUGCACACCAGCUCCGAGGCCAUCCGCAGAGCCUGCCUGCCCGCCCCCCAGAUCCAGGGCAACAUCUUUGCGGGCUUCGACGAGACCUUGCUGCGGGGUGCCGAGGCUCUGGCCGCUGUGGAUAUAGUAUCGCAGAAAACCCACCCGUUCAAGCCGGAUGCCACCUACCACACCAUGAGCAGCGUGUCCUGCACUCCUACCUCGUCCUCCGUGCACCUGCACCACCCGUCCGUGCUGACCACGCACCAUCCCCACCACCACCACCACCAGCCCACCCAGGGCCUGGAGGGCGAGCUCCUGGACCACCUCAACUCUGCCCUCCCGCUCGGAGGGGUGCCAGGUCCAGACGUGGGCUCCACACCUUCUCACCCUCACUCCCACAUGUCGGCCAUCAACCACAUGGCCCACCACUCCCAACCUAUGAACAUGUCCCACCCCCACGGCCUCGCUUCCCACGCUGUCAUCUCCGGCCCCGAGACGGAGACGGACCCGCGGGAGCUGGAGUCCUUCGCCGAGCGCUUCAAGCAGCGGAGGAUCAAGCUGGGGGUGACCCAGGCGGACGUGGGCUCCGCGUUGGCCAACCUGAAGAUCCCGGGGGUGGGCUGCCUUAGCCAAAGCACGAUCUGCAGGUUCGAGUCCCUCACCUUGUCCCACAACAACAUGGUGGCCCUCAAGCCCAUCCUAGAAGCGUGGCUGGAGGAGGCCGAGAGGGCUCAGAGGGAGAAAAUGACCAAACCGGAGAUCUAUACAGGAGGGGACAAGAAACGCAAGCGCACUUCCAUCGCCGCCCCCGAAAAGCGGUCGCUGGAGGCUUACUUCGCCGUGCAGCCGCGGCCAUCCUCGGAGAAAAUCGCUGCCAUCGCCGAGAAGUUAGACUUGAAGAAGAACGUGGUGCGGGUCUGGUUUUGCAAUCAGAGACAGAAGCAGAAAAGGAUGAAAUUUUCUGCCACUUACUGAAGAAGGGGCUGGGAAGGCAGUGGGGGGAGUGCCUGGUCCCCCCCCAGCCCCUCUGAAGUGGGCAGGGUUUGGGAUGAUUUUUCUGUUGUUUAAAAAAAAAAAAAUUGAAGAAAAAAAGAAAAAAGGAAAACUAAACCUAAAAAGGGAAACCCGCCCAAAGCGAUGCGAACAGUUUGGUGCCUGCUCCUCACCCCCCAGGCAAACUGGCCCCACUGUUAUGACUGGUACAGACUGCUUUUUCUAGACAAAAAUGGAGAAAAAGGAGAAGAUGGAACAGAAGUCCUGGAGGGGAAUUUUGGGGGUGCUCGGAGCAAGGGUAGCGGCAGCAAGAGCCCGGCGGGGCUUUGUUGCAGCCCCUUCCUGGCUCGGAUGGGCAAGCAGCGGCUGCAGCACCGCUCCUUCCUCGGUGCCCAGUCCUCUUCUUUUUAAAAACUAAAAGAAAAAUAAUAAUAAAUGG